CAACUCGGAUGAGAGGAUGAAGCGGAACUCUCCUUCGGGUCACGAAAACGGGGGGAAUAAAACAGACAAACAAACAAAAGAAGCAUGACAGUGACUCGUGGGAACAGUAAUCAGCCCCCCUGACACUUCCUCUGAAUACGCAAGAAUUCAAGAGUUUUUCUCACUUGGCAGUUGUUGGAAGACGGCGGACAUGUCCUCAUUGGUUUUAUCGGUUCCCGGACCAUCCAGACCAUUGAUUUCCAGAAGCUUUGCACUUCCUACUUGACGGGAGAUGCAACCGAGACAAGACAGAUAACUGAAGAGAAUGAGCCUUCUUGGUAUCUUCUGAUUGCUCCUGGAAAUUAUCGAAGGACUCGUGAAUAAUCUCAGCGGUACCCGAAGGGAUGAGGAGCCCGGCAGUCCAGAACGAGGAAGGGCAGUUCAUACAAACCUAGGAUGAGAAGAAGAAGGAAGCACUGAGGGACUCCGAAGGGCACCAAACUCACCGGCAAGAUCCAGCCCCUUUGCACACAUCCCCCUCUCCCAUCUUCAGGUUUUCCUGUUUCUCCCACCAGUGCAACUGUAUAGCACCCCUGCAUGGAAAAAUAGCUGUUGAUUUGAGAUCUUCAGAUCCAGUGCAGCAUCAUGAGGACACCAGGUGGAACGUUUUUUCAGCUGAUUCUGCUUCCCAUUCUCCUUGAAGUCUACAUGUCUCCAAGUCUCCAGGCCAAUGACUGUCCCAGCAGAUCAUCACAUGAAAGUCUCAGCUGUGUCAAUGACUUCAAUAACAACAUCACAUGUGUGUGGAAUAGCGCGAACAACCACGCACCCUGCAGUCUGUACACCUUCAGAAAACGGAAAAUGUUCACAAAAAAACCAGCGAAGAGUACGUCUCCCUACAAUGCCUCCUGUGACCUGGAGCCCUUUGACCCCUUCAAACCUGCCCUGAGAAGAUGCUCCCUGAUCUUGGGUAUCACCCGCGCGUUUAUGUCCUUUACUGAACAGGAACUUCGCCUGACUUGUAAGCCUCUGAAUUACAGCUUGAGCUUAACGUACAAACCAAAUUGCCACAUAAAGCUGACACCUCCUGGAGUGCCAGAUGUCAAUUUAACCACCAUAUCCUGGCCUGCGGGGGCACCUUCGUACAUUGGAAUCACACAGUACAGCUUUCACUUUCAGUGGAAACAAGAGGCUCAGUCUUGGAAGGAUGCCUCUGAGAGGAAUAAAACUAAAGAACAAUGUAAUCCAGUCUGCCAAAUGGAGCUGAAUCCAGACUUGCUGGAACAGGGAAAAAGGUAUGAGGCACGGAUUCGAGUCCAGUCAGGCGAAGAUUGGAGCAGAUCUGUCUGGAGUGAAUGGAGCCCCACAGCAAAAUGGGUCUCGGCUGUGGGGAAGGAAAAGGCACCAGAUGACCCUAAUAUUCUCGAAUGGGACACUUUGGUGGGCUCUGUCGUAGGUGCAGUGUUUUUACUGUCUCUCGGUGUCUUCUUCUGCAAGAGAGACGAAAACAUCUGGGUUUGCACACUGAAGAAGUUCGUGCGGCCCCCCAUACCAAACCCAGGACAGUUCUUACGUAAUGAUGGAAACUACCAGGUCUGGCUGGCCUCUCGGUUCACCAAUGACUCCUACUUGCUGAAACCAGUGGACAUAUGCUCAGUGGAGGUCACCAGUACUGUUGAGUCUGUAGUCACUCAGGACUCAGAGGCUGCGCUGCUGGGAAAGAGAAGAUGGGAUAGCUGCUGCCGGUUGACCAGCUCCAGGUAUUCUGACCCCGUCAGGCCUCUCCUCUGCCCUCCUCCCCUCUCCUUUUGCACCGAAGGAAAUCUGAAGCCCUGCGCGGCCGACUCACCCUACGGGCCCACCAAUACUCAAAGCGAAGAGGCAAAGGACAGCGAGGAAGAGCGGGGUGUUGACACAGAGGUUUGCAACUUAUUAUCCCGCACUGCUAUGAGAGGAGGGUCGGUGCAAGAAUCACUGGACGGUGAUCGGGUUCAGAAGCUCCGGGCUCAGCGGUUUGAGCUCCAGAGCCCCGACUCGGGCAUGGGGUGCUCGGAGGUGGAGCAGGUCAGCGAAGAGAGCAUGGAGGAAGUAGAUGGGAUGGAUUCAUCCAGAGGCUACGGUGAGCAGCUGCAAGAAAAAGGCAGGGAAGAGGAGAAGGGAAAAGAAAGAGACGUCAGUCGAAUAUUUGGUGGUGUUUUCAGCCAAGGGUCUAUUCAGGUUUGCCCAGAUUAUGAGCAUAUUGAGAAAAUGCGGGCCCCAUACCCGGAGCUCCAGUGUGCAGAUUCCAGCAUUUCCGGCCACUGUAAGGAGCAGGUCAGUGAGGAGGGACAGGAGGAAGGAGACAGCUGUGUCGGAUCUAAAGCAACCUUGUAUCCUGCCUCCUGUAUCCCCCAAGACUCCCAGCAUUCUUUCAUUCCCAGAAGCUUUAACCCUUGGCAAGAGAUGAAGUCACAGCUCGGUCCUCUUACAGGUCAUUUAUCAGAGGGGAUCCCUGCCAUACCUUGUACAAGGUCACUAGAGCCCUCGGGUGUUGGAUAUAUGCCAGUGGGAGAGGCACAGAACUGAAAAAAAUUUAGAAACUCAUUGACGGGACAAAUCGAGCAAUACUCAGACUACGGAAAGUGAAGACUUUUCACAUCAUCAGUGCUGUUACGAUGCAUGUAGCAGAUCCCCGUGCUGCUGUGCAUGAGGGUUUCAGCAAACUGCAUUCAAAACGAUACAGGAGACAAAAACGUCGAGUGUGUGACGUCAGAUUGACGGCGUCGUCUAAGAAGGGACCGUUUCUUCACCUCCGGGGCAGGGCAACUUGAACAGCAAACCCCAAACCGCACCACUUAAUCCCCCGUGGUUUUCAGAUGCCGGCUGGCUGUCAGUGUGUGUCCUUGAUCGUAUGUAAGCCUGUCAUGUAAAGGAAUUCAUUAAAAGCUUGUUUUAUUCGGCAUUUUGAGGAAUUGAACUUCUGAACUAUAAAGGGAGCUUAAGGACAGAAAGGUUUUUCUUAUCUCGGGUUAUUUUUUUCAUGUAGUUUUUUCUGAUAUCCACUUUCUUUUGUCAUUUGAAAUGUAAUAUAGAAAGGAUACUGACGUGAGGAUUGGAAAAAUCCAGUGAGGCUGCUGAGCAGUUAGAGAAUUUCGUUUCGCCGACAUAUGGCGACUCGCCCGCUGAUGGGUGCCCAGCAGCACAGCUUGCUUCUCCACCGCGGCCCUUAGCUGGUCAGAGUCCGCGGGGUCCACAGGUGGCCAGAUUAUCCUGUUAGGGCCGGUAGGCCGAGUGGGAGUGGAGAUAAACGGAGCUCUUUUACAAAGAGAAAAGUAGAAAAACCCAGUUCCACCUUUAAUACUUAAAGUAAUGUUGGGAAAUAGUGUUUCAACUUUUGGUCCAACUUUAAUGUCACGUCAAUCAAAUUUGUACACUUACUGUGACACAAAUCAACUAUGCCAUCCAAAGUUGUUCUUCUUUCAGCUCGCGUUUUAGCCUGCUUCAGAUUAGUUGGUUUGUUGUCAGAUUUCAUUAUCUCUUUUUUUAUGUUGUUAUUUUAUAGCAUUUUAAGAUAUUUAUGACCGUUUUAGGUAUUUAUAACCACAGGCAGCCACCGGAUGUUUUAUAUUAUUGUCUCUUAUGCAAACCGUUUGUUCUUUGUCGUGGAAAUCUCAUAUCAAAUAAAGGGAUGAUACUG